CUUUUUUCUCACUCAACAGAUUUUCCGUGAACGAAUGCUUCAAUCAUCAAACCAGACGAAGCCGUCAUUUCUAGUGCUCUAGAUCUCAAACGCAAACGCUCGUGAUCUUGCUACAAUCCUUCCUAUUUUCACGAGAGGUACGAGUCCGAGAGCGGGGUUUUCGUUGGAAAAUUCGAGGCAACCGUGUGGGUUGCCUCGGCAGGCUUGAUUGUCGGCGACGGCGAUGAUGAAUGGAAGAAAGGAGGAGACAAAUGGGUUGGAAGAUGAAGGAGAGUAUGAGGUUGAGGAUUUGAGAGAUGGGAUUAAAUCUUCGAGAGGAAGUCGAUUCGAUUUGAUAGCGAACGAGUUGGGACUCGAUUCGAAUCGAAGGAGAUACAGCCGAGAAAGCGUCCUUAAUGGUCUCCGAGACCUCUCGCAAGGUCUCGCCAUUCAUCCUGAUAACAGGACGACAUCUUUCACUCUCUCUCCGAAGAUCACGGCGGAUGUGUUUGCGGAGGAGAUAGCAGAGACAAUUCCCGCCAAGGAUUGGCACGUGGCACAUAAGGAGUGGACGGGGCCUACCCGACAUGUGGAUGUGUGGUACCGGGCAUGGGAGAAAUUCAUACUCAUAUGGGCUCUAUACUCAUCUUUCUUCACCCCCUUUGAGUUUGGGUUCUUCAGGGGAUUGCCCAAGAACCUCUUCUUUUUGGACAUAGCUGGUCAAGUAGCUUUUCUUUUUGACAUUGUCCUGCAAUUCUUCAUCGCCUACAGAGAUCGUCAGACCUAUAAAAUGGUCUACAAGCGCACCCCAAUUGCUCUUCGGUACUUGAAGUCUCACUUCAUCUUUGAUUUUCUCGGCUGUAUGCCUUGGGAUGCUAUCUAUAAGGCUUGUGGAGAAAAAGAAGAACUGAGAUACCUUCUAUGGAUUAGGCUGAGUCGGGUGAGAAAAGUUACUGGUUUUUUGAAUAAAAUGGAAAAGGACAUACGGAUCAAUUAUCUCUUUACUAGAAUUGUGAAACUCCUCGCGGUUGAACUCUAUUGUACGCAUACGGCAGCCUGCAUCUUUUAUUACUUAGCCACCACUCUGCCUCCUGAGCAAGAAGGAUACACAUGGAUUGGGAGUUUAAAAUUGGGUGAUUUUAGUUAUUCACACUUUAGAAAGAUUGAUAUCUGGAAGCGAUACACAACAUCGCUAUAUUUUGCCAUUGCCACUAUGGCAACUGUUGGUUAUGGGGAAAUACAUGCGGUCAAUCUCAGAGAAAUGAUAUUCAUAAUGUUUUAUGUCUCUUUUGACAUGAUUCUCGGUGCUUAUUUGAUUGGUAAUAUGACCGCACUAAUUGUGAAAGGAUCAAAGACAGAAAGAUAUAGGGAUAAAAUGACAGACCUUAUCAAAUAUAUGAACAGAAAUAGACUUGGGAGGGAUGUCCGUAACCAAAUCAAAGGUCACUUGCGGCUACAAUACGAAAGCAGUUACACUGAAGCUGCUGUUCUUCAGGAUAUCCCCAUCUCGAUUCGUGCCAAGGUCGCCCAAAAUUUAUACAAGUCAUAUAUUGAAAAUGUUCCUCUUUUCAGGGGAUGCUCCUCAGAAUUUGUAAAUCAAAUUGUAAUUAGAGUCCAUGAGGAGUUUUUUCUUCCAGGAGAAGUAAUAAUGGAACAGGGAAAUGUGGUGGAUCAACUUUAUUUUGUCUGUCAUGGGGUUCUGGAGGAAGUUGGAAUAGGGGAGGAUGGAUCAGAAGAGACAGUUUCACUUCUAGAACCUGACAGCUUAUUUGGAGAAGUUUCUAUUCUUUGCAACAUACCUCAGCCAUAUACAGUUCGAGUUUGCGAGCUAUGUAGACUUCUGCGGCUUGAUAGGCAAUCUUUUUCUAAUAUCCUUGAAAUAUAUUUUCAUGAUGGGAGAAAAGUAUUAAACAACCUACUAGAGGGAAAGGAAUCCAAUCUCCGAAUAAAGCAUCUUGAAUCUGAUGUCACAUUUCAUAUUGGAAAACAAGAGGCUGAACUUGCUCUGAGGGUGAAUAGUGCAGCUUAUAAUGGUGAUCUUUAUCAGCUAAAAAGUUUGAUCCGAGGUGGAGUGGAUCCAAACAAGAAAGAUUAUGAUGGAAGAUCACCACUGCAUCUUGCUGCAUCAAAAGGAUAUGAAGAUAUCACCCUUUUCCUCAUUCGGGAAGAGGUAGACAUCAACACUUCAGAUAAUUUCGGAAACACACCCUUACUCGAAGCCAUCAAGAGUGGACACGAUGAAGUUGCUUCCUUGCUUGUCAAACAAGGAGCCGUGUUGAAGAUUGAUGAUGCUGGUGGUUUCUUGUGCACAGUCGUUGCAAGGGGGGAUUCAGAUUUACUCAGAAGGGUUUUGUCCAAUGGCAUUGAUCCAAACUCCAAAGAUUAUGACCACCGAACUCCACUUCAUGUAGCUGCCUCCCAAGGAUUCUAUCUAAUGGCAAAGUUGCUUUUGGAUGCCGGGGCUAGUGUUUUCUCAAAGGACAGAUGGGGAAACACCCCACUUGAUGAAUGGAGAAUGUGUGGAAACAAGAAUAUGAUCAAACUAUUGGAAGAAGCAAAAUCUACUCAAUUGUUUCAAUUUCCUGACUGUUCCCAAGAAAUCACAGAUAAAAUGCACCUGAGGAAAUGCACAGUGUUCCCAUUCCACCCAUGGGACCCCAAGGAAAAUAGAAGAAAUGGAAUCGUGUUGUGGGUUCCACACACAAUUGGAGAGCUCCUUAAAACGGCAGCAGAGCAGUUAAACAUAUUAGCUGGUUCUUGUAUAUUAUCAGAAGAUGCUGGUAAAAUUCUUGAUGUGGAUAUGAUCAGUGAUGGUCAGAAAUUGUACUUGAUCAGUGAAACACAUUAGCAAUGAUGCGAUCAGUAAAAUUUUAUACCUGUACCAUGGCCUUUGUAUCAUCCUUGUGUUCAGUUGAAGAUAAAUAAAAUGAUGCACGUGUUUUGUCGAUGCAUUCAUA